AUGCGUACUACCAGCACCACUACCGCCAGCCUACUGGCCUUCGCUGUCUCUGCUCACGCCACAUCCUACGAGAUCAACAACUACUGCACCUACAAUGUCUCCCUGACCCUGUCCAACGCCACCGCCACUGAGCCUGCCCUCACUCUCAACUCCGGUCUUGCUUUCAUCACUGACAUCGUCGGUAAAGGCAACAGCGUCGGCAUCACCAAAGAGCCAGGCGACUACUGGGACGCGAACGGCAAGAAAGGCAUCUUCGGAACCAGCACGGUGGAUGGGACUCUGUGGUGGGAUCUGGCGACUGGGAAUUCCAAUGGUGGGCCUCUUGAUCCGCAGAGUAUCAAUGUCACGUCGAGUGGGCCGAAGGCAGAUUCCUGUGGACAUGUCACGGAUUAUUCUGGCGGUGUGAAGAACUGCCCUGACGAUGGUCAUGUUGCGUUGGUCGUCAACCUGUGCUCGAACAAUUGA